AUGUCAUUUUUAGGGUUUGGUAACGGUCAACCACAGCCGUCGUCGGAUCAGAAGAUCACUGCUGCAGAGACAGAACUGGACUUGGUGACGGACAUGUUCAACAAGCUCGUGGACAACUGCUACAAGAAAUGCAUCAACUCGUCUUACAACGAAGGGGAACUGAACAAAACGGAGUCCGGGUGUCUGGACAGAUGUGUUGCCAAGUAUUUCGAGACUAACGUCAAAGUUGGUGAAAAUAUGCAGAAAAUGGGACAGACGUUCAAUAACGGCGGUAAGUUUUGA